GAUGCCAAAAACCUAGAUUGAUGGAGCAUCACACUACCCAACUUGUCAGACCUGUGUGAUAGUUUCCUACUUCAAUCUACACAAAUGGUAAAAUUUAGAACAAUUAUCUGCGUGAUUCUGAUUGCGAGGAUAGCUUGCUGCUUGCUAUUGAUCAACACAAAAAAUGUUAAUAAAAGACAACAAAAAGUUGGAGCGGUUGGAAAACCUUGGCGAUCUCGCGAUCAGAAAAAGUUUUAUAUAAUUAAGUGCUGCGGGAAAUUGUCAUGUUCCAAAGGAUCAUUCAAUCGUUCACGAAUUACCAGUUCUUCUUCACAGGUGUCAAGAAUAUCAACAGAAGUCAUCCUUUCCACCGUCAAUCUGACCAGCAGUGUCCCAACGAUUGCAGAGGAAUCAUUACAAGUUACUGUAAACGAUGUCGUUCCGAAUGAUAAACCUACAGAAAAAGUGACAAACAACGAGCCUUCAUCUUUGAUAACAACAACAAUAAUAGCAGCUCAACCCACUGUGACUGAGAGCGGAAAUAUUAAUGCCACGACAGAUGCUAUCGCUUCUAACCCAAAUACAACAGAAAUCACAACUGCUGGAUCUACCACCACUACAACUACCACCACAACUACCACCACAACCCGCACCACCACUACCACCACCACCACCACCACAACAACAACAAUUUCUCCUAAAAUUUUCGAUUUUAAUAACUAUAUAUGCAAGAAAAACGCAUCUCUGUUUCACACGAAUGGUCGAGUUAUUGACGCUAGCAUAUAUGGCUCCUGGACUGAGGCCUGUGGUGCAUUGUUUCUGUGGGGGAAAACUGUGGUUGAUUGGCAAACAAAUUACGUAAAAUGCUGUAGUCUGGGGAUGACACCAAUUGCCAUUGAAAACGACGACAAAAGGAAUUGUUUAGAAAAUAUGACCAGGCCAGCAUCUUUGUGGAAGUAUAAUGCCAACUACUGGAGCGCGGCUCUCAAAUCGGUUAAUGGAACGUUCAAAUGGCGUCUGCCAAAUAUGACAAGUUUCAAAUCAACUAUUGACAACACGUCGUUGUAUUGGCUGCGCGGACAGCCAAAUAACUCGAUUGGGAACAACUGUGUUCAUCUGCGAGUCGAUAAAGGCAUCGGCAAAGUAUUUUUAACCAGCAAAAAUUGCACCAAUCUCUACGUUUUCGGAUGCCAAGGACCAACUACCCCUCCACCAGCUUGCUCUGCUCCAAAAUGUCCAGAGCUUAACUGUGAAAAAAAUCUGAAAAUUUUAAUAUCGCCUCACAUUCAUAUAGACGCAAGCAAAUACGGGUUCUGGUACUCAAUCAAUGGAAGAUUCUACCUUUUCAGCUCGGCGAAAAUGACUUGGUUGGAAGCGAUGAAGUCGUGUUGUGCAAUCGGAAUGAAGAUUCUGAGUGUAGAAUUCGACUAUGAAUACAACAAUUUAAUUGAAGCAGCUAAAAAUUCAUCAAAUGCUGAAGGAGCAUUUUGGACCUCUGGAAGCGACGAAGCUUGCGAAGGUAAAUUCGGUUGGUGUGCGGUGAACAAACUGGUUAGAAAACAAGAGGUCGUGUGGUCCCCUGGACAACCAGAUAAUUUCGGAGGAAAAGAAAACUGUCUUAUUCUCGGCUUGAGCAAAACUGGAGCACUUCUUAAUGACGUGGACUGCUCGAACAGUCAAAAGUACAUAUGCGAGGCGCGGGAUACGAGAAAUACUCCGGUCCAUUCAGAUGCGAUAGUCGAUGAAUGCGCUGCGGUGUUCAAUUUAUCAAAAGGAGAGACUCAGGCCAUAUUCAAUACGACUAAAUUUACUCUUCAAAUAAAGUGCUUUCUAAAAUGUGUUGGGGAAAACGGAGGAUUUAUGUGGGACGGGCAACUUAUUGACGAGAGGGUUAUCUUGCUGGCUGAGAUGUUUGCACAAGAUUCUGACACACGAUUACAAGAAAACAUGGAUGCCAUCUCAACCUGCGGUUCAAAAAGGGGAAUGGAUGAGUGCGACACAGCUGCUUUAAUUUUUCAAUGCGGCCAAGAAACUGCCCCGGAUUUAGUGACCAACUUGAUUAACACGGCGCAACUGGAUACAUCGGCAGAAUCGGUACCACUCCCUAGAAUUGCACCCAAAUGCCCUACAGACUAUGAAUGUGUGAUCGAUCAAAAAAUGAGAGAUGAUUACUUGAAUGGCCGAGCAAUACAAGAUACAGAAAUAUUCACGACUUGUGGGAUAAAAUACCUCCUUUUCAAAAAAUUCCUUUCUUACCAAGAAGCCUCUUCUCUCUGCUGUAAAUAUGGUCUUAAGAUGGUUACAGUUGAGACCAUCGAGGAAAUGUAUUGUAUCAACCGUUCAAUAGGAAUGGAGUUAAGAGAUGAAUCGUUAGGUUACAUCUGGGCAGCGGCGAGCAGACUUGGUGCCUCAGACCCUUUAGACUACAGAUGGUGCAUUUCAGGCAGCCGAGUAAAUCUAACGCCUGAAUUUGAAGACCGCUACACCGAUCGCAAUCCCUACCUCGAUUGGUUUUUGUACUCAAUUAAAUUCAGACCGCCAGUGGCGAUACCAGUUGCUGCCAUGUCACGAGAACGCCUUGUGAGUAGGUUGACCACUUUAUGCGAACCUUGAACAAAGUUCGAUUUCUUUGAUUCUACAAAUUUUCAAGUAUUUUUUUUUCGUGUGAAACACAACCAAUAUAUUUCAAAACACGCACUACAGGUGAUGCACACACCAAUUUUAAUAAACACUGAGGUAAUCUGAAGCGUUUCAAUCCUGAUUGACAGCUUUCAGUCUUAAUACCUUUGCGGUUGAGCUUUAUUUAAGGAAGGUAUUAUGCUUCCCGCAUCUAAGCACAUUUUCACUUACAUACCAAAGCUAGUUUGAUAGUAGAUGAGAAAUUGAAUUACUCAAAUCAGCUGCUUUAAAAGAGCUGCUCUCAGAUUAUAUUUUCUCAGUGUUAAUAAGAGAUUUUUAUUUUAAUUGUUUGAAUGCUCUGCAGAUCAUAGAUAAUUUAGAUUUUUAUUUGGAGUGUUCAAAUAAACGUGUGUUUAGUGUUCCCUUACAGCUAGUGGAUUUAAAUGUGUUCAAUUGGAUAUGAUAUACUAGGCACUAGCUUUUUCAAUGAAGAUAAGACCUCUUCUUAAUCCUUGGUUCUAAAACGUUUAGUCGGAAAAAGAUGACGGGCUAUUUAUUUUUAAUUUACGUGAUUUUAUUAGACAUUAUCGUGAUGAGUUGAGUGUUUUCUUUGUAAGAACAGAAAAUAAAGUUUGAUUCAAGAACACUAAUUUUAAAAUUUAACUUUUUACUUUGCAAAAAUACCUUGGUAAAUAUGAAGCGAGUGAGGCAAUUGGACGUUUUCUAUUUAAAAUUUAUAUUUAUUUUCAAAUACGUGAUGAGGAACUUGUCCUACGUGCUACUGCGGUCAUUAAAAUGAAUCGGCCUAAACCAAAAAAGGUACAUGUAUGUAAACAGUGUUUUAUUGUUACUGUCACAUAUUAUGUAAUGAUCCGCCUUGCACAUUUGGAAAACUGUGCC